AUGGAUUCUGUACAUUCUAUAAUUAUUCAUGUAUCUCGGCACAAAAAGUAUUCAGAGCUGGAAAGUCGUAUGACUGUAAAACGUGCAAUGGAUGGAAUUAGGAAAAGAAAGCAACAAAGAAUUUUACAUAAGCCUCGGGAGACAACUUUAAAAGUUUAUGAUUUACCUGAAAAUAAACCUUUAUCGACAUUUACCCUUAAAAAUGAUUGUGCUUUACUAUCCUAUAAAUUUUACUUAAAAAAGGAGGAUCGGUACAGAUACAAAAAGCGGCUAGCGAUAUGUGUUCUUGAUAAAUAUAAAAUUAUUAGUACAGACCUGCGAAAACGCCUGCAUAUGAAUAAUCCCUCAAAUGAAGUUAGUACCAUAUUGGACGUUGAUGAACAUUUUUAUGAAUGUGUUAAAGGUCGUAGGGUAGAACAUCAAAGUGCUCAAUAUAAAUCUUUAAAAAUAUAUCUAAAUAAUCAAGUAAGAUUAAGGCAAAAAACAGGAUACAAACAAGAUUGCAUUUCAAAUAUUGAUGUUAAUCAGAGGAAAGAGUUGGAUGUAUAUAAUUUAAGUUUACAAAAGUUAACAGAACAAGCAAAUUACUUUGAUAAAUUUAUAUCUGAGGACUAUCGGGAAUCAAUGGUAUUAUUGGAACGAGCAGAUAAAUUAGUAUCCAAAGUUGAUAAAACGAAGGCAGAACUAGAAAACUUAGCUGCCCAAAAAUUUAUGAUUUCGUCUAAGCUUCUAGGUUUAGAUUAUAAAUAUAGCUUGCAACAAAAGUAUGGUAGGUUUUUGUAUUAUUUAUCACCACCAUCAUGGCGCGCGAUGCAUAGAGAUUUUGCCAGGUCUGUUGAAAUAGAGGCCAGAGGUUUCGAUUUAGGAAGAUCUAACGAAGAAGAUACAUUUACAGUUUUAUACGAAAAAUUGCGUAAAGAGUGUUUUGGUGAAUUCGUUAAGCCGGUCUUAUUCUUUACUGAACCUAAACACUUAAUGGAGGUUUUUCAAAUGAUUGAACAACAACAGGUCCAUCACUUUACACAUGUUUCACAUUUCUCGCCCCACACAAAGAUGUUAAAUGAAAAUAUAACAUCUUUAAAGGAAGCCAUAGCCCAAGAAAGUGCUGCUGUUGUUAGUACAAUUAAAUACUUUAAAAAUCUUUUAAUAUUUAGUGAAGAGAGAUCUAUAUUAUUGAAAGAAAAAUUUUUCAAGGUAUUGCAAGGGUUUUAUUAUAAAAGUGUAGGAGCAUUAGAUGUUUUAAGACUAGUCCUACACCUCGAAUUUUGUUAUGAGAAGAUAUUUAAUGAAAAACCUAUUAAUAAAGACAUGAAAACUCUUGCGAAAGCUUUAGAAACGUUUUACAUGGAUUAUACGAAGCAAUUAGAUUUACUUCACAAUGAUAGAGUCCGUCGUGCUAUAAAUGUGUGCUUGGAAACAGAGCGUAAUAAGGCCAGAAGGGCUGUUGUGGCUUCAAGGGAACUGAGACUUUUUUGUAGGUUAGAGAGAGAAUUACUUCGGGCACAUGGAUUCUCGGUCAAUGCUUGCGAUCCUGUUCUGUCGUUUGAUAAAAGCAAACAGGAGAAAACAUGUAAAAAAAAAUACGUAAAACCAAAGAUUUCAAUAAAUAAGAGAAAAUCACUUACAGAAGCCCAAAAAGAUUAUUUGAUGUUGUUCACUGAGUGGAAUGAAAACGACGAUCCUGCAUAUUACCUACAGGACCUUAUUAUUUGA